AUGAAUUCUCAACAGAGGAUAGCAGAUAUUGCCGUUAUAGGUAUGGGCUGUCGGUUUCCAGGCGACGCCAAAUCCCCCGUUGAAUUCUAUGAAAUGCUCUUGAAGGGACGGUCAGGGUUGUCAGAAGUUCCCAAGGAUCGUUUCAGCAUCGAUGCGUACUGGCACCCCAGCUAUGAUCGCAAGGGUUCAAUCGUGAGCCGAGGGGCUCAUUUUUUAACUGAAGAUGUGAGCCUUUUCGACGCUCCAUUCUGUAAGAUGUGUCCUCACUCAUAG